AUGGUAUUUGGAAAACCGGAAAUUCUGCCGGUGGAGAUUAUGGAGUCCCAAUUGUCCAUGAUUGACCUCCUAUCCGCGAUGUUCCCAUCGCCAGGGGAGCUGGAAAUCUCCGAAUCUACAGCACAAUGUAUCGAGAUACUACGAGAUUGGUGUCAGAGCCCAGUCUCUACCCCUGAUGUUCCUUCGACCAUUUCCCUCUUCAUUACUCUGCCAAUUCCAGAUGGUGACAAGACAAUACAAGUCAAUAUUUCUGUCCCAUUACAGUGUGAGGAUCACGAGACAAUUGACCAGCCUCCAUCGAUGCGCUAUUCACUCCGCCAGCCCGACUGGAUGACCAAAGCUGAAGUGGCUGAUCUUGCCGUCUCCAUCCCGCAAGGUGACACUUUAGAGGCAAUUGAAUACAUCCAAGCAGAAGCCAGCCGUUUCAUUGGAAACAAGCAGACCCAGGCCAUGAGUUCUCAAGGUUCGGGGUUGCAGAAAAAUCCCCACGGCCCGAUUGUGAGGGUUUGGUUCUAUUUUCCGUCCCUGUCAACCCGUAAGAAACGAGAUGACAUGGUCAAUCUUGCACCUGGGUAUUCUUUGACUGGCUUUGUGCUGGCGGGUAAGCCGGGUGUAUUAUGUCUAGAGGGCUCAUCACCGGAUAUCGACGCCUAUAUGAGUUUCAUCAAGACAAAUUCAUGGGGUGAUAUACCGAGUCAUCAGAAAAAGGUCAGCGAAAGGUUCCGACAGACAGAGAGCGUUCAGAGAGUCUUUUCGGGGAUGGAAGAAAUCACGGACUCACUUGGGGAGCGAGGAGGCCAACGCGCCAAUAGGGGUGAUAUGCAGGCACUAGAGGCGUGGUUAGGAGCAAAAGGUCUCCAAGAAGCAUUUGAAAUGGUUAUAUUUUGA